ACCUCCAGGACAGGACCAACACACACACACACACCCCGAUGCAAGAAAGUAGAGGCAGAGAUAGAGAGUUGAGAAAUUGGACUAAAUACAGAUCCCACAGAGUACGACAGCAAGCUGUAAACAGAGACAGAUCAUGCACACACCUCUGCAGAGGGCAGGCUAUAGAGACUAAACAGAAGGUUUGCCCAUCUGGGUGAGUAUUGAAGAUGACAGACACUGCCACUGAGGAUGAGAAGGAUCCGGAUAUUGAGUUGUUUGUCAAGGCGGGGAGCAAUGGGGAGAGUAUAGGCAACUGUCCGUUCUCCCAGCGCCUCUUCAUGAUCCUCUGGCUGAAGGGAGUGGUCUUCAACGUCACCACUGUGGACCUCAAGAGGAAGCCAGCUGACCUCCACAACCUGGCACCAGGGACACACCCUCCGUUCCUCACUUUCGAUGGAGAGGUCCGCACAGACGUCAACAAGAUAGAGGAAUACCUGGAGGAGAUGCUGGCCCCACCCAAAUAUCCUAAACUGGCAGCAAAGCAGCGUGAGUCAAACACAGCUGGAAACGACAUCUUCGCCAAGUUCUCAGCCUACGUCAAAAACACCAAACCACAGAACAAUGCAGUGUUAGAGAGGAGUCUCAACAAGGCUCUUAGCAAGCUGGACGAGUACCUUCUCAGCCCCCUCCCAGAGGAGCCCAGAGGAGGCCACGCAGGGGCAGGGGUGGGGGGGGCCACCCGAAGGUACCUGGACGGAGACGAGCUCACACUGGCUGACUGCAACCUGCUUCCCAAGCUACACGUCGUCAAGGUGGUUGCUAAGCGAUACCGAAACUAUGAGAUUCCCUCCGAGUUGCAAGGGGUGUGGCGUUACCUAGGCAACGCGUACAGCCGAGACGAGUUCACCAACACCUGUGCAGCGGACACCGAGAUCGAGUUGGCCUAUCAAGAUGUGGCCAAAAGGCUGGGAAAGUGAGAGAGCGUCCAAUAGAAGUCACCCACCCCAAUCAUUGAGAAGACCCCGUUUCUUUACGGGUUGAGAUCCUCUACUUAUUUUCUCCAGUGCUUUGCGGUCCUUUUCUAUCGAUUUGGACGAGUGAAGAAACAACAGUUAGCUAGGCCUAAUACUACAGUUUUAAAGCAAUGGAGCUUUUACUCUUUUAUACAGACUUUCCGCGACCUGCUCCUGUCUAACAGCUUCAAAGUUGUAUUGUAUAGAGUAUCGACUGCGAAAAUGAAUUGUGCACCAUGAAAUGUUGACUAUACUUUACCAUGAAACAGUCAGGUUUAAUAACCCUUUAAAAAAGCGUGUUUGAUAAUAGCCAUAUAACUGUUGAUAUUGCGUCAGUAGCUUGAGGCAUAGAAAACAGCAUUGUUGUUGAUGUUGGGCAAAAGAUAGCCUAAAUUACUUAAAGCCAAAGUGUAAAAACAAAUCGGAGUAGACCCCAGGAGGUAGGCCUACUUGAUUAAAAUAUAUUGUAUUUAUGUUUGUAAAAAAAUCUGUCAGUACAUCCCAAGGACGUCAUGUACAAAUAUUAAUUAGACUGCAUGUAGGGCUAUCUUGUUUUAGGCUACUGUAUUCAGAUUAAUAUGCCUACGUGAUGUCUUUAUAGUAUGGCAUCAAGAUUAACAUAUUUCAUAAUAACCCUCUAGUUUGAAUGCUUUAAUAUAAUGUCAAAAAAAUAGGCCUUCACAAAGAAAUGACUUGUUUAUAAGAAGAGCAUCAGACUCUGGAGAGUCAGAGAAUGAAUGGGUAUUUCAUGUUUAAAGGUAAUUGCUCUUGUGCUAAUUUGUCUGCGAGAAGAUUCAAAGUUUGUUCACGGUGUUGAUCAGUAUAUACUUGCUCCUGUUUCAAUAAUAAAUCUAUUUUCUCAGA